CGAAUACGAAUGUUGAUUGGAAGACACUUAGACGCCGCCUCGUGAGGAGCUAAGGAAGCAACCCGAAUACGCGAACGGGAGCGAACGAGCACAACAUAAUCUCACAUUCGCGUAGGUUACCUUACAUAAAUAUUGCGUCGUCAACUCUGAGCCUUAAACUUGAGAGACCCAGAAACAGUGUCGUAUCCCAUCAGUUAUUAUAAGUUUGGACAAAGGAGCAUUGCUAAGGCGGGACAAAAACAAGGAAUAAUUCUUGAGAUAUCCGGAGUUCGAAGAGAAGAAAAUGGCAACUACACUUCAGGGAACAACGGUUCUGGUGACCGGCGCAGGCGGCGGGUUGGGCAAAGUGAUCGCAACGGCUUACCUGGAUGCCGGUGCCAACGUGGCUGUCUGCGACAUUAACGAGGAGCGACUAGCUUCAGCUCGGACCGAGCUGGAAGGGACAGGACGCUUCGCCGCCUUUAACACAGACAUUACGAACGAAGAGGCCGUGACCAAGCUCGUAGCCGACGUCGUGGAUAAGUUCGGCCGCCUCGAUAUCCUCGUCAGCAACGCCGGCAUGGCGGACAAGUUCGACCCCGUCGGUUCUGUAACCAAGGAGACUUGGGACAGAAUCAUCAACCUUAACCUGACCGGCUCGUUCCUCGUCUUUAAGGCCGGUGUCAAUGCCAUGGAGAAGCAGUCCCCACCAGGCGGAACCAUCAUCCAGAUUGGCUCGACGUCGAGCUACCACGGCAUGUCAUCUGGUGUCGCUUAUACGGUUGGUAAACACGGCGUAACCGCCCUAGUAAAGAGCACAGCAGGAUACUACGCGGCGAAGGGAAUCUACGCGAUCGGGCUACUGCUCGGCGGUAUGACCGACACCAACAUCCAGGACAGUUUCGCGGCGCUAGGCGGAUUCAACACCGAGGCUUACACGCAGAGCGUGUCCGCGAAUUUCAAGCCCGAGAUGGCUGUUAAGACGAACGAUGUCGCUAAGUACUGUGUGUUCCUCGCUGAUCGGGGGAUCGCCGAGUCGUCUAACGGGUCGUUGAUUAACUUUAACAAGAACUACCCUAACGCGUAAAAAUGUGUUGGGGGUUGUGUUUGUAAAUAUAUUUUGAAUAAAGCGAUAUACUUUGAUGACUUGCAUCUAUUUUAGAGUUACUUGGUUGGACUGUUUGCGUUGCGAGGGUUGUUUGAUUGUGUAAGCGGGAAUGAAUCUGGCCCUCUACCUUAGAUACCUUAAAGUACCUAGGUAGGGCGAGAGAUAUCUUACUAAUCUCUCCAGCAUGGGUUCCUACAAUAGCAUAUCAUCUGGACAAUGCCACGAGGUCCCUGGCGCUCUGGUCAAGUGUUUCACUGCUCGGGAUUCUGACCAUCCAGCUUGGCUUCCACUGUUAGAGAGUAUUGAUCAUUUAUAUGUAUUAUCGGGCUGGUAGGCUGCGU